AUGUUAGUUCUCCAGUAUCUUGCAAACGCCAGUCGACGAUUCCAUACCUUCGUUGAAAAUCGGUUACAUAUGUUUCAAGAACUGUCAGAAAUGAAAGAGUGGAGGCAUGUGGGUACAUCAAUGAAUCCAGCGGACGAUGCAAUCCGUGGACUUACUGUGGGGGACCUGAUUGAUGAUUGCCGAUGGAUCCAUGGGCCGGUCUUUCUGUGGAAGGUUGAGGCACAGUGGCCAGAGAAGCUGAGAUUACCACUGAAUCUAAGUGGCGACUUUGAAGUGAAGCAGACAGUGGCUACUUUGGCGAAUAGUAGCUUAGCCACAGGAGACACACAAACAAAAAACGCUUUGUAUAUAUUGUGGACUAGAUAUUCAUUCUGGCCCCGUUUACUGAGAGGCGUUGCUUGGCUCAGAAGAUUAAAAAAAUGGCUUGAGAAUAAUGACCACCAGCGAGACAAUCACAGAGGAAUAAGUGUGGCAGAGGUGCAAGAGGCUGAGGUCGCCAUCCUACUUUUGGUGCAAAGGGAGUGUUAUCCGGACGAGAUGAAAGCUAUUGCUAGGGGUACGCUGAUGGGGCAAAGUGAGAUUUGCAGAAUGGAACCAAUUUUUGGCUAG